AUGUCUCGUGGGCGGGUUCAAGGUAUGAUCAUAGCAGGUCUCGCCGGUAUUGCCUCUAGCGUAUAUGCUUUUCAGCCCAUAAUACGCGAGCACGCCGAAACGCAACAAAAGCGAGAUGGCGCAAAGGGUUCUUCUGACGAUGGUGUAAAUACUAUUCCCAGCAAGGAUGAUGGGAAGAGUACGACUGCUGCUCUUCGAACUGAAGAACCCGAUGGAGGCAGUACUGGUAGCAAUCAGAUUGAUGCGUCCGGCGGGACGUCCAGGGGCAAGGAUAGCUAG